AUGGCGGAGGCGCCAGGUACUUCUAACGAGACGAUAACGGAGACCAUUCAAGUAGAAACACCGCCACCGCCCCAGCAGGAGGGACGUAGCCUGACCAUUAAGCUGAGGAAGAGAAAGACUGACAAGAAGGUGGAGUGGUCCAGCGACACAGUGGACAACGAGCAUAUGGGAAGGAGGUCCUCCAAGUGUUGCUGCGUCUACGAGAAACCCAAACAGUUCGGAGAGUCCUCCUCUGAAAGCGAGGGAGAUGACGAAGGCUGUGGAAGUGCACACUGCAUUCUAGGACAUGGGAAAGACAUGCAUGGACACAGUGGAGGGGGUGGGGGGAACUCUGGAGGAUCACAUGCCCAUUAA